UGGAGGAGGACAAAGUGAACGCGGAGUCCUGGAGAGCGUGAUAUGCAGGCAGUAUAUCACGCCUGGCACUGAGAGCACGCGUACGCGUUGCUCACCCGGCAAGUGUGACUCGUAGGUUAUCGCGAAGCGGAGCUUAGGAGGCACGUUCGCGAUUACUACGACACAAUUCGGCAGCUGCUUCUUUUCUCUCACUUCUCCUUCUCCCACGCGGUGUGGAGAUAAGCAGCACGUCACGACAAUUGGUCCCGCGGGUAUCUUGUGCAACAACCUCGCCGUGCCGGCAACGCCAACAAGACGGACGACACCGUAGCGAACGGGAGUUGAAAGGCCUCGCCAGAACCAGCAACGUGAAACAGGCCGGGACUCCAAUGAAACCUCCUCUCGGAAGGCCACUCACCACCACCACUAUUGCCCCGACCGUAGGCGCCGAUGGCGAUUACGCGGAACCAUAUGGACCCCGGCACGGCCGCCGGUGCAAUCGUCCGACAGCAGAAGCAACGGGAGCAAGAUAAACAAACGACCACAGCGGAGGCCGCAACGCUGCCAGCAGCGGCGUGCCACCGUAAAAGAGGAAACUCCGAACCGCCGCCGCGCCGGUUCCGAACCGCUGCCGCCCGGAGCUGCAACCGCCGCAGCCAUGGUGGCUACCAUCACCACCACCUUCCGAGGCUUUCGCGUAGGACUCGCCACGGCGACGGCGACAGCAACCGUCGUGGUGGUUCGCAGCCUUCUCGCUUACUUUGUCCUCGCGUCCGCUGAAGCGCACCUGCUCGCCACGGAGCCGUCGUCGUAUGCGAUCACGCCGGAUGUCCUUCUCGCCGAGCGGGUCGCGGCUGGACUGAACGGAACCGAAUGCACCGACCGCUGCGACGCGGUCCAUAAGCCGAUGAUGUGCGCGUGUCGGUCCCGCCAGGAGUGCUCGCAGACGGGCGACUGCUGCGCCGACCGCUUUCUCGGGGAGGUGGCCAGGCCGAGGAUGGCCUGCGUUCCCGCGGUUUCCUACCGGGAACUGAUGGCCGUCGUCCGCUGUCCCGAAGCGUGGUCGCCCGCCGACGAGAGGGACGAGGAGACCAAGGCUCGAUGCGAGCGGAACCAGCGCCGCUUCAACCUCACGUACCUGGACGAUCUGCCCGUGCUGAGCCGCCAGUCCGGGACCCUGUACAGGAACGUGUACUGCGCCUCGUGCAACGGCGACACCAGAGACCUGCGUAGCUGGACGCUGGUCGUCGAGUGCACUCCCAAAGAAGCAUCUGAGGCGCUUGACAACGGUACUGCAACUGUAACAGGUUAUCAAUACCAAUCGCGCAAGAUGACCGUCCGGUGGGGCGGCGUCGACCACAAAAGCGCCAGCUGCAAAAUGGCGAUCAAGGAAUUAGUCAACAAAACGGACGAAUACAUAAUCCGCGAGCUCAAGGUAUCGCCGUGCACGCAGACUUCUCUGGUGAAGACGUGCCCCGACAGCUACGACAAUGCGGAAGUAAGACAAAAGUGCCACAGCUACACGAGUCUGCUGGAGGACAGCGUUAACAUGCGCGUCUACAAAAACCUGCACUGCGCCAUCUGCAAUAAACGCAAUCUAAAUAAACUGAGCUGCAGCCUAAAAGCACUGCUAGGGCCUCCGGCGAGAGCUCCCGAAUAUUCGGGCACAUCCUACGCCGUGGUCAUGGACUUCAGCAAUUGGCAGGCGUCCGUUAUAUCGGCCGCACCGACCAAAAACGUCUGCGGUCGCGACGAGAUUCACGAACCGGUGGCAAACCGGUGCGUGCGGUCGGCCUGCCCAGCCGACGUGUGCGUCCGUCGCGACGACUGCCAGUGGACUCGGCUCCGUCGCGACCAAGUCGCAGUGCGAGAAGACUCGACUCUGCUACCGAGUCCAGACUCCGAGGUGGAGCUCAGGCCCGACCGCUGGCACAUGGAUGGACCAGACGCCGUGAUGGCCUGCAUGCCUCCUCCGCAAGCGGCGCUGAGGCCGGAGGGCUUCGAGAACGUCCUGUCCACCGUGCUGCUCCUAAUUUCUGUGCUGUGUCUGGUGCUUCACGUGGCGGCGUACGCGCUGGUUUCCAAGCUUCGAACCGGUCCUUCGCGGCUGGUGCUGUGCCUCGCGUUAUCUGUGCUCGUGGCCCAAGGCAGCUUCGUGGCCGGCGGAAUGUUCUUCGAGUCAGGCUCGGCGCUGUGCAGCACGUUCGCCGUGGUGUCCCACGCCGCUCACCUAGCGGCGUUCUUCUGGAUGAACGUGAUGGCGAUGGACGUGCAACGAACGUUCCGCAGGGGAGUGAGCGGCAGUUCGCGCGCCGCCAGCGCGUUCCUGUCGUACUCGGCGUACGCGUGGCUCGCUCCGGCGGUACUCGUGGCCGCGGCGUCGACGCUCCAGUAUCUCGAGCCGGAGUCCGCGUGGAGCCCUUCGUACGGCACGCCGUACUGCUGGAUCAAUCGACCGCUCAGCCUGAUCGCAUUCUUUGGCGCGCCCGUGCUCCUGCUGCUUCUGGCCAACACUGCAUUCUUCCUCCUCACGGCGCGUAGUAUUCACCUCACCACUGAACAGACGAAGGUAGCCCGACGAUCCGUGUCCAGUGGAGGGGGCAGCGGCGCCAGCAUGGAGCGGGGUCGUCUGGCGCUCUACGUCAAGCUGGCCGUGGUGUUCGGGCUCACGUGGGUGUUUGGCUUCGCGGCUGCCUUGACCGGUGUGCAAGCACUGUGGUACCCGUUCAUCGUGCUGUGCAGCCUCCAGGGAGCAUUCAUAUUCCUCGCCUUCACCUUCAAGAGGAGCGUUCUGCGUAUGGUACGCGACAGGCUGAGCGGGAAGGGGGCCGAUCGCCGUCGACGUCCACGGAGCACUUCGACCACGCUGACUGCGCUGCACUCGACGCUGUCCGCUUCGUCAUCGGCGCUCGCAUCGGUCGCCACCGGCCGAGCGAUGCCCGCGCAGACAGCCAGCCCCAAGGGGGUCCAGAAGCCGCUGCUGCGCCGCACGUAGAUCGCGGGCUCUCCUCGUUGAGUCGCGCGUUCACAUGUGCGAAACAGCCCCGCACAGGCCUGAACUCGCGCGACUGGCGCGACGCUCUGUUCGGGGAACAGACGCACGCUCAGGCGAACAAGACGCCGGCCGAGGGAGGCGGGCUAAAUGAGACGAUCCUGUCGGAACACCACCACCGGCACGCCACAGCCGCAACCACGACCGACGCUACGGCGCCAGUGCAGAGACUUCUGCCAAAUCGAGUGGGAAUUGCACCGAAUGAAAUCAAAACUGGACAAAAAAAAAAACGCGCUACGUCGAAUAGUGGUACUAUACAGUGCUAUUUGUGAGCGGGGUUGUAUGAAGCCAACGCGUAGCACCAGCACCGGCAGCCCCGGCACUACUUACUGCUUGCAACACUCUCUCUGAAUGCUGAGCGUUCUCACCGGACAUUAAUUACCUGUUUCCGUGCACGCCGCUGGUCGCUUUAUACUGAGCGUUAAUGAGCAUUACC